CCAUGCACGGACCCAAAUUUUCAUAAGAUUUUAUAGAGGUCUAGCACUUGCACAGCCAUUACAGCGUAAUCCUUUAGAGUUUUGUGAUAAAUUUUAGUUUUGGUGUCAUAAUUCAGGUGCUUUGAAUACCAGAUAUUGAUAUUGGUCUUAGGUUAUUAACCUAGAUCUGAUAAUAGUAUAGAGAUUUGUUGAAAUUUGGUUGGGCUAAUUUCUUAGAGAUAACACAAUGUGGGGGUGUAUGUCAAUAUGUCAGUAGGUGGUGUGAAGCUGUCUGAUUGAAGAUUUUUUAGGUGGGUUGAAGUUGAUAUGUAUUCGGGUUGUCUCUGAAUCCUGUUGAUUGAAGAUUUCUUAGGUGGAUUGAAGUUGAUAUAUAUUCGAGUUGUCUCUGAAUCCAUACUGUUGAUUCGUCUCCCGCUUUAGAAUCUUGUGAAGGAAUUUAUGCAAAGGGUGCCUUUCAUUCCAAUCCUAAACUUUGUUUCAACAACAAAUUUUGUUACCCAAAUUGUAGUUUAGUGAAAAUAAUAUAUUGCGAGAGCAGUUGGAGGUCACAGAGUGCAUUGGCACAGCUUAGGGUUUGGUAGAAGCAAUGGGUGGAUCUGGGAAGUGGCUCAAAUCGCUUAUAGGUGUGAAAAAACCAAGUAGAUCAGCUGCUGAGAAGGAGGAAAGUAAAAAGCUCACUAAUGUCAAGUCCAGAAAAUGGGGUCUGUGGAAAAUCUCUGGAGAGCAUGAGUCUGGGGGAAGAAAGGAAGGAAGUUGGCAUAAGCAGCAUAAACAUUCUAGUGUAGAGGCUUCUGACUCUGCCUCUGAUGCUGCUGCGGAGGCCUAUAGUGCUGCAGUUGCCACAAUAGUGAGGGCUCCUCCGAAGGACUUCAAGGUUGUAAGAGAGGAGUGGGCCGCCAUUCGCAUCCAGACUGCAUUCCGAGGAUUUUUGGCGAGGAGAGCACUGCGAGCACUGAAAGGAUUGGUGAGGCUCCAGGCAUUGUUUAGGGGCCGUCAGGUGAGGAAGCAGGCAGCAGUAACAUUGAGGUGUAUGCAAGCGUUGGUUAGGGUUCAGGCCCGUGUAAGAGCUCGACGUGUACGCAUGUCUAUGGAAGGUCAGGCAGUUCAGCAAAUACUUGAUGCACACCGAAAAUGCGAGAAUAAACUGAGAGAAUCUGAGGAGGGGUGGUGUGAUAGUCAAGGGACACUUGAAGAAAUUCGCACAAAACUGCAAAUGCGGCAGGAAGGAGCAAUUAAAAGAGAACGAGCAAUUGCUUAUGCUCUCUCCCAUCAGCAAUGGAGAAGCAACUCUAGAACGAAUGUGCCAGUAUAUAUUGCAAAACCAGAGCUUGACAGAAACAGCUGGGGCUGGAGUUGGUUGGAACGUUGGAUGGCUGCCAAACCAUGGGAAAACCGGCUAAUGGAGGAGCAUGCCCAUGCAGAUGCUUCUGAGACUCUUUCUCUAAAAAGCUUUGAAGAUGCUCCAGAGCAUCCAAAGAAGUCAAAUGACCCAGGUAUGGUUAAAAUUCGAAGGAACAAUGUCACUGUUCGUGUUGCUGCAAAGCCUCCUAUGGUUCCUGCCUCUCACCAGCUUGGUAGGUCGUCUUCUAUCCCGGGCUCUGAUUUACAAUCUGAUGGAAGCUCUACAUCAUCUAGAGGAUCAUGUACUUCAAAAUCCGCAAACACUCUUCAUACAUCAGAUGAAAGUACUGGAAGGCCUAAUUACAUGAAUCCUACAGAGUCUGCCAAGGCUAAAGCACGCUCCUUUAGUGCUCCGAAGAUAAGGCCUUCUUCAUAUGAUGAUCUUCAAUUGCAGAAGAAAAACUCUGUUUAUAGUGUAGAUGUAAAGAGCAGCACAGGUGGGUCAGAUUCUUCUUUGCCUUCUAGCAAAUUAUAUCCGCCAACAUUGAGAUUGGACAAAUCAUCCAUCAAGAGUGGAGAGAUGAGUGUCUACUCUUAUGCAGAGCCUCGAAGACGCUGUUACUAGUAAUUGGUUGCCGUUGAACAUCUCGUAAAUUGAAGCUUUGUUAUGCUCCACUAUGAGUCCAGUGUCGGGAUAUGUAUGUUUGAGCAGGAGUUCAACUUUUCUGCAAUAUGUUGAAAUAUACAGAAAGCUGUUUCAGAGUGAAGUGAAAUUCAAAGUGCAAACUGGCCUUCUUAAGUUGAGCGUUCAAUAGUUUGUUGAUCUGUGGAUUUGGGAAACAAAAAUCUGGUUUGCUUUGGUUGCUGAAGAUGGGGCAACUGUAUUGCAAUGACAAUUAAACCACACCUUGCAGGCUGGAAGGCAUGCAAAAGAGUGUGGACUGGAAUUCUGAAUCAAGCUUCCAUUUGUAUGAUUACGGUCGUAAUGGAAGUAAUACUCUGUGUACAUGCCAAAGUAAGAUGACAGACAAUUUUCCCAUCGGAGAUGCUUGUAAUGUAUCAGAACAAUUUCUGCUGCUUAUUACAGAAAUUGGUUCUACUGUAUCAGUAAGGAGUGUGAGCAUGCCUUAACAGCUAGUUAAGCUAGAGUUUCUUUGAUAGUUUGAUUAUUUUGGGUUUCAGCCCCUGUUUGAUAAAAUUCCAUUUUGGAGAGAGUUAAAUAUAAUUUACAAUGCUUGGAUA